AUGGCUCCAGAUCAUACAUGUUCAGCCCCAACUCUUGUUGAAUCACUCUCCGCCGCAUUGGCACUUCGGGAAACCAAAUCUGCCCGCCGGAGGUUGACCGUUUUACCCCGGACGGCCGUGGAUUUCUCGUCCAACGACUUCCUGUCGCUGUCAACGUCGCGCGCCUACCGGGAAAAGUUCUUGGCUCUUCUGAACAAUACGCCUCCGUCAUUCCCGUUCGCCAGCGGCGGUUCUCGGCUAUUAGACGGGAACUCGGCGUAUGCGGAAGAGCUCGAAAACUUUGUCGCGGACUUUCAUCAAGCUCCGACGGCGCUUUUGUUCAAUUCCGGCUAUGAUGCCAAUGUCGGAGUACUUUCCAGUAUUCCCCAACCCGGGGAUGUGAUUCUGUAUGACGAGCUCAUUCAUGCCAGUGCCCACGAGGGAAUGCGUCUCUCCCGGGCGGGGGCUCGGAAAAUGUUCCCUCACAGUUCGCCACCAGGGUUGAGAGAGGUGCUCCAGUCCCAGAUAGCUGCGGAUCCAGCGAUUCGAAACGGCAGCCGUAAUGUCUUCGUGGUUGUUGAAUCAAUAUACAGCAUGGAUGGUGAUGUGGCUCCCAUUAAGGAGUUUAUUAAGGUUGUGGAUGACCUGCUCCCCGCCGGGAAUGGAUAUUUCUAUGUCGACGAGGCGCACGCAACUGGUGUAUUCGGACCGAAGGGUGCUGGAGUAGUCCAGGAACUUGGUGUACAAAAUCGCAUGUUCAUUCGAGUGCACACCUUUGGCAAGGCCCUGGCCAGUCAUGGAGCAAUGGUCCUCUGUGGACCCGAGACAAGGGACUACUUGAUCAAUUAUGCCCGGAGUCUCAUCUAUACCACUGCGCUGGGAUACCCGUUCUUGGCGUCGAUUCGCGCUGCAUAUGAGCUCCUUGCAUCUGGUGAAACAACAUCACUACAGUACCGACUUCAGCAGUUGAUUCGGCAUCUGCGGCAAAGACUGGAUGGGCUUCACACACGUCCAUCUGUCAUGUUCGAGAUUGACCAUUUCCCCACUUCACCGAUCAUCUCUCUUCGCACGUCACAGCCAAGACAGCUGGCAAGUGCGUGCCAGGAGAAAGGAUUUAUCGUUCGUGCAAUAAUGCCGCCCACCAUCCCCGAGAGAAAAGAACGAGUACGAGUAUGCUUACAUGCAGGCAACACGGAAGCGGAAAUUGAUGGGCUAGUGCGCACGGUUCAGGUGUGGCUAGACGAAAGUCAGAGAAAAGCAGCGAAGUUAUAA